AUGCAAAGACGGGUCGAGGACGAUGAAGGAGAUGGCGAGGAAGAGGAUGUGCCACUUCACCACCGGCGACCGUUUGGUGCAGGCAUCCAGCGCAAGCCGAUUCAGUUCGUCAAGGCAUCCGACCCGAACCUAAGAACGACUGAACCGGUCAAAACCACCAAGUCUGGUUCUUCUGUGGGGGAUUUCUACCUCAGCCUCGUUCUCCCGAGCGAGAAGAAGGAAACAGAGGCCGAGAAGCCAGAGGCACAAAUGUGCGCCGUUUGUGCGUUGCCACUUGGGAAAGACGACGCCGUGGAAGAAGUCGGGAAGGACGGCAGCAGCAGCAGUAAGGAUAAGACUACGAGGCAGAAGCACGAGGCCUCGAUUGCUCAUCAGGUCUGUCUCACACACUCGCAUCCCCCGUCGGCGCUGGACCGGUCGCGCAUGGGCUUGACCUACCUGUCAUCGCAUGGCUGGGACCCGGAUUCACGCAAGGGCCUUGGUGCUGUGGGCCAGGGUAUACAGUAUCCUCUCAAGACGAAGCCGAAGGAGGACAAGUAUGGUCUUGGUCUGAAUAUUCCCAAGGACUUGAAGAGCAGAGUCGAGAAGACGAAGCAGAAGCCUCAGACGUUGGACGCGAAGAAGUGCCGGAAGAAGGCUGAGGAGGAUAAGAAGAAGGCCGAGAGGUUGCGGCAGAUGUUCUACGGCAGUGAGGCCAUGGAUAGAUACCUUGGUUCGGGAUUGUAA